CAGCGCUGGGGAUAUAUAACAAGGGAUUGGGAGUCCUCAGAACAUGCAGAAGAAGACUCGUCCUGACCCCCCUGGCAGAACCCCCCAGCGUGUCUUUGAGCAGAGCUCCCACAGUCCCAGAGAAUCCAGCGCUAUCAGACAACAGAAGCAGCAGCAGCAGCAGCAGCAUCAGCAGCAACAGCUCCCUGCAGAGUCAUGGUGUGCCACCAGAUCCUCCCGUGGGCCCUCCUGCUGGUGGCCUCCGGGCCCCUGUGGGCCCAUCCCAUCACAGACUCGGCUGAGAGGCCCUACUCGGGCCCCGUAUCAGUGGAGGAUCAGGGAGUCGGUAGUCUGGACGAGCUUUCCCUCUCCGAACAAACCUUCCCCCUGCAGGACCCCGCGGGCCUCCGAUACGCCUCCCUGCUGGCCUCGGAGCUCAACAGAGAAGCUAUCAGAGGAACCGGUCUGCUGCCCAGAGGGAUGAAGCGAGAGGUCAUGUUGGAGAAACAAAGUCUCCUUAAUCCCUUCAGUCGUUUACUGGGCAUCAAGAAACAGUUCCGGAAGAGAGGAGGGAACACAGAGUGCUUCUGGAAGUACUGCGUCUAGAACUACUGCGUCUAGUACUACUGCAUCCAGUGCUACUGCUUCAAUAGUACUACUGAAUCCAGUACUAGUCCAUCUCAUACGUCACUGAGGACAUGGCCUGUGGAUGACUGGGCUUGCACUAAACGAUCGCAUUUGUUUGCACCCACAGAAUCCUCCUGACACAAACACACAAACAAACACACAAACACACCUUUAUGAAA